UUUACUUAUUUUCCAAGCUCAUGACUACGACGAUCAACUGUACUGCAAAUGCCCUGCUAUCAAAUGCACAGCAAGGGUGGUUGUUGGUGCUCCCUUGCGCACCUGACUUCGCGUCACGAGUGGAGGCCUGAGGCGCGAAACGGAGAUGCUCGAUUUGUUGCCGAACCAUCAACAGUCUUGCCAAUUCUGCGAUUAAACCUGCCACUUGGUGUCGCCAUUCUUUGUCGCAUGAGCAAGAGGUCCUUUUGUGCUGAUCUAUAGACUCUUACUGUCAAGUUCGCAUUCCUCCGCCCCCAGAGCAGCGUAAGUUGCCAAUUGACACUGAACGGAGCCACGGUCGCAAACCAAACGAUCGCUUCGUUCAAUCGCACUGUCCACAAAUCUCCUCCGUCCUGUUACUCUGUCCUCCGAUAGUCCUUUGCACCGCCGACCACCGCCCAACGAUGAAAGACCCACGAGCCUCGAAGCGGAGGAGAGUCUCCGAAGAGCCUGCACAUGAUGACGACGGAGAUAUCGCUAUGGAGAGUGAUGGCGAUGCCUUUUCAGCCCCGUCCUCCCCCGAGCUCGAUGCAGACUCCGACGAAGAUCAGGACUACCGCGGCCCCAGGAGACAAGCCUCGCGACGUCAAUCCACUCGUGGUAGAAAUAGCAACGUGCCUAAUGGCUUGGAAGAGGACGCUGUGGAGACACCAAGGAGUACACGGACAAGUGGACGGCAGCGCAAAGCACCGCAGAGACUCGAAGAUGCCCUGACGCCAUCCUCAACGCGGAAAACAGCCGUGACACAUCGAAGUGCUCGAGGGACGAGGAGCGUGCGGAAGCCGAGACAAGAGUCUGUGGAGGAUGUUGAAAUGGACGUGGAUGAAGAGUCCCCGAAGCCGACUGGAGCAAUCUCUAGGACAAGGUCCCGAAGGAGUACGGCUAAACCUAGGUCAUAUGGCGCCAACGGGAACACCGCUGGAGAGGCGGAUAGAGAGCUCUCUCCUUCGCUUGAAGGGUACAGUGAUGGUCUUGACGACCUGGUUGCAAUGCAACUCCAACAAGGCCUUCACGACAAUGAGAAACCGCAAGAGGCCGUAGAAACGGUCGAGCCUCUCCCGGAUUAUGCGGAGAAGCUACAGACACUCUGCCAAUGUGGGUUGCAAGAUGAAGUCCGUGUCCUGACGACUGCACUGCUAGAGAAGCUAUCCAGCAAAAGGCAAAUCCCACUCAAAGGGCUGGAGAGCGAGUAUACAAAGGUCAACCACUUGGUUGAGCAGACUGUCACGGUUGGCGAGGGUAACUCGAUGCUCCUUCUCGGGUCGCGCGGCUCUGGCAAGACGGCAGUCGUGGAGACGAUCAUUUCGUCUCUCGCAAAGGAACAUGGCAAUGACUUCCAUGUCGUUCGACUGAAUGGUUUCCUCCACACGGAUGACCGUCUUGCUCUCCGAGAGAUGUGGCGCCAGCUUGGCCGUGAGACCCAUACUGAGGAUGACGCAGCGAAGGUCAGCUCAUAUGCCGACACCAUGGCUACCUUGCUAGCCUUGUUGUCUCAUCCCGAGGAGCUGUUCGGUGCGGGAGAUGGGAGCAAUGUGACCGCAGCCAAGUCUGUUGUUAUUCUUCUGGAUGAGUUUGACCUCUUUGUGACCCACCCUCGACAGACUUUGCUGUAUAAUCUGUUUGAUAUUGCCCAAGCCCGAAAGGCACCUAUCGCGGUCAUCGGGCUUACUACCAAGGUCGACGUGACUGAGAUGUUGGAGAAGCGUGUCAAGAGUCGUUUCAGUCAUCGAUAUGUCUACAUUCCGCUUCCCAGGACAUAUGAGACCUUCUCGGAGAUUUGUAUGGCUAGCUUGGAUCUCGACGAGAAUGAAGUUGAGGAGCUUGCUGCUGGGCUUGGGUCUGAGCAAAGUAUCGUAAAAACCGCUGGUUGGAAUACGCUUCUCGAGGGGUGGAAGGAAUACUUGCAGAACCUUUUCAAUGACGAGGACUUCCAAUUCCACCUAAAGAAGAUCUACCACCAGACCAAAUCUGUAAAGGAAUUCCUCACGAGCGCGCUCCUCCCUAUCAGCGAGCUCAACCUCAGCGCCCAGGCCGCCGACAAACCCACCUUCCAGAUCGCAACACCUAAGAGCUUCGCCUCUCAGUCCCUCAUCUGCCUCGAUCCAGCGCCUCUUCCGUUCUCAACUACCACGACCGCAUCCUUCAGUCCUUCAUCUCUCCCCCUCGCCCUCCUCCUAGCGGCUGCUCGCCUUUCUGCUCUCUUCGACCCAAGCAACGACGGCGUCCAGGCUCAGAGCAUCGCUCCAUUGGCUCUUUCCUUCCCCGCCGCGUAUGCAGAGUACGUACGCCUACUUACUUCUGCAAAGACAUCCGCUUCGAUCUCCGGCGCGGCAGCCACGCCUGGCCGUGUUUGGGGCCGAGAUGUGGCGCGGGAGUCUUGGGAGAAGCUGGUCACUUGGGGCCUUGUUACGCCAGUUGGUAGUGGCAAUGGUACUGCAGAUGGACAGAUGUUCCGUGUAGAGAUUAGCUUCGAGGAGGUUGUUGAGAUGGCCGGUACGGGGAGCUCUUUGGGUCAGUGGUGGAGGGAGUGAGGAUGGUUUGUUCUGUUUAUGCAUUGGUUAUGGCGGCAUUGAACAGGAUUCGUUGUUGGUUCUAGUGAUUGUAUCAUCUGCACUACACUGCAUGCUACGAGAGAUAUGAUCAGAAACGCAUCUCUACCUGCAAACAGCGGGCCUCAUUUCAUCUUCCUGAUAUCGAAUGUAGUCCAGUAACAACGAUCUAUGUACUAGAUUACAUUGACUUCAGAAUGAGCAUUCUCAAUACGGUACUAUAUCCCGCCAAUAGCGUUGGAAAGUAUAUUCGGAAUGCCCCGAUGCUGCCACGACCAUGCAAGCUUCAACGCCCAAGAGGACCUAACACAAGCCUCGCAUCGAUCCCAUCAAGUUUUAGAUUAUCAUUUCCCGAUCUGAUCCCGUUAUGAUAUGUCACAAAAGCAUGGCAGCCA